GAAUUCUCAACGGCCAACAGCUUACCAACAGACGGUUUCUGCAAACCGCCAUGCGCACGGGAGCCGCGCUUGAUCCGGGUCGGAUCAACACAUUCGGUUCCAUUCAGAACCCGACAUUCCAAGCUCGAACGAAGCCUCCGCAAUGCCUCAAACGACAUUCCUUUCUGAGAUUCCCUCAACGGAAUCGUACCGGCCGCUGGAUUAGUCGGGAAGGAGACUCCCGGUCGUUGACUUGUGAGGUCAAAGCGGUACUUGAUACGGUACGGGCCGACGAAUUCAGCUCGAGUGUGGGGAACCCGGCGGUAUCAACAUCUUACCGGAAUCCCAAUUUCCGGAGGCCAAAUCAGACUGUGUGGGAAGCUCAGGGGAAGGUCUGUACCGGGCCAACCCAAACUCGGCCGCUUUCCGAAGAACAAGCGUUUAAGGUUCUGGACACCAUUUUGAGAUCAGCAAGAGGGGAACUCAAAGAUGAUGAAGACCCGGUAUCGAAAUCACAACUUGGAGCGUUUUUUGCGGCUAUGACGAUUCGUGCGAAUACUUUCCCCGAAUCUACCCAAUGGAGUGAGGGAGAAAGGCUUGCAAUGAAUUAUUACUGGCCGCAGUUAAUGCAAGCGCUCUCUCCGGAUAUUAUCUUUCUUGCUGAUCCUGAAGGCAGUUUAAUGGGAACUGGAAGCUCUGUAGGUCCCCAGUUUGUGGGAAAUGUUCCUUCUGAAAUGAGAUUAGUGGGUGCCCUCAGGGAAGUUUUAGCUGGAGGACAUCUUGGGUAUGAAGAGGUUCAGGGUGUUCUAAAAGAUGUUCUUCCACUUAAAUUACAAGAUUUGGGAUCAGAUAGUGUUAGUGAGUCAUUGCUUUCAGCUUUCUUAAUAGGUCAGCGUAUGAACAGAGAGACAGACCGUGAGCUGAAAGCCUACUGCCUUGCAUUUGAUGACGAACUUGGUCCUGCACCAGUUGCUGAUGUUAAAUCAUUGACACAUUAUGGUGAACCAUAUGAUGGAAAUACACGCUUCUUUAAGAGCAUGUUGUUUGUUGCUGCAGUUAGAUCUUGUUAUGGUGAAUCUUGCUUGCUCCAUGGUGUAGAUUGGAUGCCACCAAAGGGAGGCAUUACUGAGGAACAAAUGCUUAGGUUCAUGGGAGCAAAUACACAUUUAUCUCCAUCGCAAGCGAAGCAGCUGCUCGAGGAUGCAGAAGUUGGAUUUGCUUAUGUCAGUCAAAGGGAGGCUCACCCAUCACUAUAUUCAUUAGUGAGGUUGAGAGAGCACAUAAAGAAACGUCCACCUUUGGCAACAUCGGAGAAGGUUCAACAGAUUGUUCGGAAUCGGGGAAGGGAAUCGAUUGUUGCUGGAUUUUAUCAUGACGGUUACGAGGAGCCAUUGUUGAUGCUUAUGAGAAGAAGAGGUGUUCAUUCUGGUUUGGUAGUCAAGGGUGAAGAAGGGGCCCUUUCAAUGACGACAAAAUCAAGAUCAGUUAAUGCAUCAAAAGGAAUACCUGUCAAUUACUGUUCAGGAUUCCGCACGUUAAAUCUGUCACCAGCCGAUGCCCUUGAUGGAGUAUCUCGUGAGACGUUUACAAUGGAGGUAGAUGCAAGAAACCAUGGUUUUGAACCAACUGAUACUCCAAGAACUGACAGAUCGAUCGCAAGGAACAUAGAAUUGGGCUUAGCUGCUCUGAGCGGCGAGAAAGGACCUGCAUAUGAUCGGAUCAUCCUCAAUGCUGGAAUGGUAGAUCAUUUGCUCGGUUGCGAUGGUGCAGAAGAUAUAACUUCAGCUCUGGACAGAGCUAGGGAAGCCAUCGACAGUGGCAAGGCUUUAAAAAGGCUUCUAAAUUACAUCAAAAUAUCCAACAAACUGAAGUGACACCGGUUCAUGUUUGUAAAGAUCGCCGAAUGUUUGUCUUUGAUAUAAGUUUCUAGAAAUGAGGGAGAAUCUCGAUUCUGCGGAAAUUUCUGCUGCCUGCUGAACUUCAUUUUUGGUCUGAAGCUGUACAUGAUUUCGAGGUUUUUGUGAUGUACAUUAUUACUCUGUUUUGUCGGAUGCGAUGUUACUCAACCAAAGGGGAUACGUGGAAGUUUGGAAUACAAUAUUGAAACACUUGUGUACAUUUCACAACACAAUCUGAGAUACAAUGUUGUUUUAUGGCUGUUUCCAUAGCCUCACGCUUUGCACAUUAGAUGGGAUUCAAUCUCAUCCACCAUUCAGCUUACAAGGAACGCAAUCCUAAAUUAAUUUGCGCAUUUUUGCGCAAAAAUGCAAAAACUAGAUUGGUAGGAGUUUUAACAGGGGUUUCAGAUUUAAGACGAAUGCAGAAUUUGCUUCGGAGGAAUUAUAACCGGGGUAAUGCAAAACUUACAAGCAUUGCAGAAACCAAAAACUAUGCAUUGGGCA